CAACGUGUUAUUGACUAUUUGAUUCAACACAUACGUUUCCAUCACUGAACCCAAAGCAACAACAAAAAAAAAACAUAAAGAUAGAAAAGGAAACUUCUAUUAUUAAGUUUAGUUGUAUAGAUCUAGAAACCAUGGGGAAUCAUUCAAGUUUACUUUCCAAACAUAAUGCAAAGGUGGAAACAAGUAAAACUAUUGACAAGAAAAUUCAUCGAGAUCAUAAGCGUAUGAAAAAAGAAAUCAAGAUCUUGCUCUUAGGUGCUGGCGAAUCAGGAAAAUCCACAGUUCUCAAACAAAUGCGAUUAAUCCAUGCUGCAGGAUUUCGUGAACAAGAAAGAUUACAAUAUCGAUCCAUUAUCUAUGAAAACAUCUAUUCAUCUAUGCAAAUGAUGAUCUUGGCUUUGAAAACGUCUUCCAAUGUAUUGGAUGAUCCUACCUUAGAGGUCUACUUGCCUUUAUUUGAAAAUAAUCUUGAUCUUCAUCAUCAUCCUUUUCCUUUGGAAUAUUUAGAACCUUUACAAGCUCUCUGGUUAGAUGGUGGUUUACAACGAGCUUAUCAUCAAAGUACUACUAUGGCCUUUCAAGAUAAUUUACCUUACUUUUUUCAAAAAUUACAAGUGCUUUGGGAUCGAGAUUACGUUCCCUCAGAUCAAGAUAUUAUUCGAUCAAGAGUAAAAACAACCGGCAUCACAGGUAUCAAGUUUUCUAUUGGUCCUUUUAUGUAUCAUCUUAUUGAUGUUGGUGGUCAACGUAGUGAACGUAAGAAAUGGCUACAUUACUUUGAAAAUGUUACUGCUGUUCUGUUUGUAGUAGCUAUUAGUGGAUAUGAUCAAGUAUUGAUUGAAGAUCAAGAUUCCAAUCAGAUGCAUGAAGCCUUGAUGUUGUUCAAUACCAUUUGCAACUCUUCUUGGUUUACUACAACAAGUAUGAUUAUUUUAUUGAACAAGAUUGACGUAUUCAAAAGAAAGAUCCUGAUAUCUCCAGUGUCUCACUACUUUGUGGAUUAUACUGGGUCGGAUGACAAUCUAGAACAAACAAAGGCCUAUUUCAAGAAACGCUUCGAACGAUUAAAUCAAAACUCCAAAAAACGAAUUUAUACUCAUUUUACCGAUGCCACCGAUGCCUUUUUACUUCAACAAGUUAUGAUGGCUGUAUCUGAUAUUAUCCUUAGUGAACAUGUCAAUGAUUUUAUUUUGUAGUUUUUGUUUUUUUAGUGAUUAUUCCCCUCAGCUUCUUUUAUCUCCCUUGAUAUCUUUCCUUUAUUCCCUUACACGUAGUAACUCUUUUAACAUUAUUAAUCCAUUCAUCUUUUUUAUGCCACUCCAUCUACUUUAUUUAUUGUUUUCUUUUUCGAGUGCUGGUACUCUUCACACCCCUA